AUGGGUAUCUUUUUGUUCCUACUGAGCAGCAUUUUUUUCGCCAUACUAUUUGUCUUCUGGAGAAAACGAUGUCAGAGAAAAACUGGUGAAAUGUCAUCAAAUUCAACUUGUCUUGUGCUAACAAAACCAUCCUCUUCUGAGUCAAGUAUGAGCCAUACUGAUAAGAAUCUUUCCAUCAACAACCUCUCUCAGGAUAUCCUAAAUAAUUUCCCACACUCUGUAGCCAUGCAGAAGCGAAUACUGGUGAACCUCAGGAUUGUGGAAUACAAGCUGGCUGAACUGGAACAUUUCUUAGUUAUCAGGGGUUUAAAUGGUGCAGUAGUUAACCAGCCAUCCACUGAAAAGCUCACAUAA